UCAGGUCUCCAUGGAGACGGCUUCUCCUGGCAACCAGACGGGCGUUGGGCAGAGCCGCAAGCCUGAUGGACGCCGAGAGCCUCCUGCUGUCGCUGGAGCUGGCGUCCGGCAGUGGGCAGGGCCUCAGUCCGGAUCGUCGGGCCUCGCUGCUCACGUCUCUUAUGCUGGUUAAGCGCGACUACCGCUACGAUCGGGUUCUCUUCUGGGGCCGCAUUCUCGGCCUGGUCGCCGAUUACUACAUCGCGCAGGGCCUGAAUGAGGACCAGCUCGCACCGCGCAAGACGCUCUACAGCCUGAAUUGCACAGAGUGGAGCCUCUUGCCCCCUGCCACAGAGGAGAUGGUGGCGCAGUCGUCUGUGGUGAAGGGCCGCUUCAUGGGGGACCCAUCACACGAGUAUGAACACAUUGAGCUGCAGAAGGUGAAUGAAGGCGAAAAGGUCUUUGAAGAAGAAGUAGUGGUCCAGAUCAAGGAAGAGACCCGCUUAGUGUAUAUCAUUGACCAGAUUGACAAGGCUGUGGCCAUCAUCCCCCGAGGCGCCCUCUUCAAGACCCCUUUUGGACCCACCCAUGUCAACCGGACCUUUGAAGGACUGUCCUUGUCUGAGGCCAAGAAGCUCAGCUCCUACUUCCACUUCAGGGAGCCUGUUGAGCUAAAGAAUAAGACCUUGCUUGAGAAGGCUGACCUGGACCCCUCCUUGGAUUUCAUGGACUCCUUGGAGCACGAUGUCCCCAAAGAUGAAGAAACAGGGGCUCAGAGACUUAAACCCAAGGACACAGGUCCUGGAGUAUCCAGAUGGAGAGGGGCAAUGCCCUGGUGGUGCUGCGCAGCCUGCUCUGGCCAGGCCUCACCUUCUACCAUGCUCCCCGCACCAAGAACUAUGGCUACAUCUAUGUGGGCACUGGUGAGAAGAACAUGGACUUGCCCUUCAUGCUAUAGAAGGCGCCAGCCUGGAUUUUUAAACACAGCAUCUUAACAUGAUUUUCUUAAGCUUCAGUGAA